AUGUCUACUCUUUCUGUUUUUAUUGACACUCCCGCUGUUCCGCCGCAUCCCGAGGUUAGAUUAUUGACAACCUUCAAAAAAGAUUCCAAUCCAAAAAAAGUGUAUCUUGCUGGAAGUGAGUACCUAAAUGAAGAUGGCCAGACAUUUGUGCCCCCUCUUGUGUGGAAGAUAAAGCAACAGAUCGUUAAUGACCCUACUCUCAGCUCAGAGUACCCAUCCUGCUCCGGCAUCCCAGAAUUCUCCAGGAGAGCGACAGAGCUAGCUCUGGGCAAAGACUGCUGUGCCAUUGUGGAGAACCGGGUGUUGGGGGUCCAAACGGUUGGCAGCACCGGGGCAUUGCGCCUGGGUGCUGAGCUGUUGAGGCGAUGGUACAACCUAAGCGCCAACUGGAGGGGGCCUGUCUACCUCUCCUCACCCUGUGAUGACUCCCUGGCUGGUAUCUUUGAGGCAGCAGGGAUUCUGGACAUUCGGCAGUAUAGAUACUGGGAUGCAGAACAGCGGGGUGUGUCUGUGGAGAGUCUGUUGGAGGAUUUGGAGGAGGCGCCAGAGCAGGCAGUGGUCGUGCUCUCAGCCUCCGGGCACCACCCCACGGGGGCCGACCUCACUCAGAAGGACUGGAGACUCGUCAUCGAAGUCAUGAUGAGACGUAGACUCUUCCCGUUCUUCCUGCUGCCUGCGCAGGGCCUGUGUUUGGGGGAUCCCGAGCAGGACGCCUGGCCACUGCAUCACUGCACCUCUAUGGGUCUGGAGCUGCUCUGCGCCCAGUCCUUCUCUCGUAAUUUCGGCCUCUAUGGAGAGCGAGUUGGACACCUCUUGAUUGUCCUAAAGCAAAACUCCAUGCUAUUAGCCAUCCAGUCCCAGGCUGAGAGCCUGGUGCGAACACUGUGGUCCUGCCCAGCAGUGGGAGGUGCCCGUGUGGUUGCCACGGUUCUCAAUAACCCCGCCCACCUCGCCGAGUGGCGCGAGGGUUUGCGGGGCGCGGUAGAGCGGUGCAUGCUGGUUAGGGAGAGGCUGCGGGAGAAGCUGAGGCUUCUGGGAGCUCCUGGCGACUGGGAUCACCUGACACAGCAAGGCGGACUGUACAGCUGCACAGGGCUGAGUGUCCAACAGGUGGAGUACCUUUCUAAAAGGAGGCACGUCUAUCUGCUGCCCAACGGCUGCCUGAACAUGAGCUGCAUCAACAGCCGCAACCUGGACUACGUGGCGGAGUCCAUCUACCUGGCCUUGACCUCUCUCCCCUGAUCCCUGGGGCAGGAAGAAACUCGAUUCUGUCUCUGUGGUUCCGAGCGCCUUGCUUAGC